AGUUUCCCCUGCUCUGUUGGGCCAUGGAGAGUAAAGCAGCUGUGGAGGCUGAGCCCAAUGUGGGCAUGGUGCUGCUCGAAAAGGAGAAGCUGGAAAUGGAGCCAAGAGGCCAGUGGAAUAAUAAAAUGGAGUUUAUGCUCUCCAUGGCUGGGGAGAUCAUCGGCCUGGGCAAUGUCUGGAGAUUCCCUUAUCUCUGUUACAAAAAUGGAGGUGGUGCUUUCUUUAUCCCCUACCUCAUCUUCCUCUUCACCUGUGGGAUCCCAGUGUUCUUCCUGGAGACAGCGCUAGGACAGUACACCAGCCAGGGAGGGGUCACCGCCUGGAGGAAGAUCUGCCCUCUCUUUGAAGGAAUUGGAUACGCCUCACAAGUCAUCGAAUCCUAUCUGAAUAUCUACUACAUCAUCAUCCUAUCUUGGGCUAUCUUCUACCUGUUCAGCUCCUUUACUGCUGUGCUUCCCUGGGCCACCUGUAAUAAUCUUUGGAACUCAGAUCGCUGCGUGGACUUUCUGAAUCACUCUAACGUGGAGAACUGGACAGCGCCUGCUAAUGCCACCUCCCCAGUUACUGAGUUCUGGGAGAAGCGAGCCCUGGGGCUCACAGACGGUAUUCACAGUCUGGGCACUGUGCGCUGGGAGCUGGCUCUCUGCCUCCUGCUCGCCUGGGUCAUCUGCUACUUCUGCAUCUGGAAAGGAGUCAAGUCCACAGGCAAAGUUGUUUACUUCACUGCCACAUUUCCCUACUUGAUGCUUUUUGUCUUGCUGAUUCGAGGGGUCACCCUGCCUGGUGCUGCUGAGGGGAUCAUGUUCUACCUGAAGCCAGACAUUUCCAGGCUUGCAGACACCCAGGCGAUGCCAUGGGUCAAGGCUGUAGGCAGCCGAGUUCUGUUUUGGUGGUAAAUUUGCAGAGGAAAACAAUGCCAUCUCUCCCUUUGGUUCUGCCCCAACAGGGACUGCUUCAUGCUAUGUUUCCUGAAUAGUGCCACCAGCUUUCUGGCCGGUUUUGCUAUCUUCUCUGUGCUGGGCUUCAUGGCACAAGAACAGGGCGUGCCCAUUUCAGAAGUGGCCGAGUCAGGUCCGGGCCUAGCAUUCAUUGCGUAUCCAAAGGCUGUAACGAUGAUGCCUGUGUCUCAGCUCUGGUCCUGCCUAUUCUUCCUUAUGCUGAUCUUCCUGGGACUGGACAGCCAGUUCAUCUGUGUUGAGAGCCUGGUGACAGCCAUUAUCGACAUGUACCCAGAAGUUCUCCAGAAGAAAGGGCACCGGGAGCUCCUGAUCCUGGCCAUUGCAGUCAUAUGCUACCUGCUUGGCCUGAUGCUAGUCACUGAGGGUGGAAUGUACAUCUUCCAGCUGUUUGAUUAUUAUGCUGCCAGCGGUACGUGCCUACUGUUCCUGGCCAUUUUUGAAGUCAUCUGUGUUGGCUGGGUGUAUGGUGCGGACCGUUUCUAUGACAACAUUGAGGACAUGAUUGGUUAUCGGCCGUGGCCGCUGAUUAAGAUGUGCUGGCAGGUUGUCACCCCUGGUGUUUGCCUGGCGACCUUCCUAUUUUCACUGAUCAAGUACACCCCCCUCAAAUACAACAACUGGUACGUGUACCCUCCGUGGGGCUACGCUCUGGGCUGGUUGGUGGCUCUCUCUUCCAUGAUCUGCAUUCCACUCUACAUCAUUUUCAUCCUGCUGAAAACCAGGGGAUCACUAAAGAAGGUAAAAGACGGUCUAGAACUUCUAGGUCCCAGAUUCAAAUCUAGCCCAGGUCAUCAGUGACUAAAGUCUGUGUGAGUGCUUCCCAUUGGCU